CGAGCCAAUCACGCGCUUCGACCGUUGCUCCCCAAGAUGGCGGCUUCCAUUGAGCCGCUUUGCUCAUCCUCGCAGCAGAGCACAGAUAUUGCCUUAUCUCUGGAUCAUUUGAACUCUCCCCGAGGCUGACCACAGAGAGCUGAGCGGGGCCGCGCUGUGAAACACGGAAGCCGUCCCUUCCCCUUCACCCUAUUGAGCUUUCAUGGUACGCGGAGCCGGGCUCGGUGUUGGGCUGAAGGGGGUUGUGCUAUCCGAGUAUGGCCACCGACAACAGGAUCAAUUUCUGGAGGAGAAACACUAAGGUUCCCGGAAGCGUGCAACCAGUUUAUGGAGCACAGCAUCCACCUCUCGAUCCCCGUUUGCGACGCACGUACCCAAAAGACUCAAAGCCCAAAUUCAACAACCUUAAGUCUAAAAAAGCUUGCAGCUUCCACGAGUUUGCUUGCAGCACAAAUGAUGCUUGGGACAUUGGCGACGAGGAGGAUGAAAUCUUGUGCGGGACACCCUUCUCGGCUUCCUUUACGCCUUCAGGCCAGGACUGGACAUCUGUGCACAACCAGCAACUACGGCAUCAGACGGGUGAAACCGAGCAUGUGUUGCCUCACAUACUGACUCCACCCAGGGACGAGGGUCACAACUCCCAAAGGGACGACGGCUCAGAGUGUGAGCGUGUCAACGGCAAAUUUGUGAAGUCUAGUAGUGACGCCGAUCUCAACACGACCUCAGUCCGCUCCUCGCUGCAGAAGCAGCAAUCUCUCCCAGUGCGUCCCAUCAUCCCUCUGGUGGCUCGUAUCUCGGAUCAGAAUGCGUCAGGGGCUCCACCCAUGACGGUGCGGGAGAAAAGCCGCCUGGAUAAAUUCAAGCAGCUGCUGGCCAGUCCCAACACUGACCUAGAAGAACUGCGGAAACACAGCUGGUCGGGAAUACCAAGAGAAGUCCGGCCAAUCACGUGGAGGCUUCUCUCUGGUUACCUGCCGGCCAACAAGGAGCGCAGAGAGCUGGUCCUGAAGAGAAAGAGAGAAGAGUAUUUUGGGUUCAUAGAGCAAUACUAUCACUCCAGAACAGAUGAGCACUAUAAAGACACUUACAGACAGAUCCACAUUGACAUUCCAAGAACCAACCCGCUCAUCCCUUUGUUCCAGCAGCCUGCAGUCCAAGAGGUAUUUGAGCGGAUUCUGUUUAUCUGGGCCAUCCGUCAUCCAGCCAGCGGUUACGUCCAAGGGAUCAACGACCUCGUCACACCUUUUUUUGUCGUCUUCUUGUCCGAGUUUGUCACGGAGGAUGUGGAGAACUUUGACGUGGCGGCUCUGCCUCUGGAGACCCAAAGAAACAUCGAGGCCGACAGUUUCUGGUGCAUGAGCAAGCUGCUGGAUGGCAUACAGGACAACUACACCUUCGCCCAGCCUGGAAUCCAGAACAAGGUGAAGGCGCUGGAGGAGCUGGUCAGCCGGAUAGACGUGGAUAUUCACACUCAUUUCAAGAAAUAUGAGGUGGAGUACCUGCAGUUUGCGUUUCGAUGGAUGAACAACCUGCUGAUGAGGGAGCUGCCACUUCGUUGUACCAUUAUCUGCCUGUGGGACACCUACCAGGCUGAAGCUGAAGGUUUCUCCCACUUCCACCUGUAUGUGUGUGCUGCAUUUCUCAUCGAGUGGCGCAAAGAAAUCCUCUGCAUGGUUGACUUUCAGAGCCUCCUGAUGCUUCUACAGAACCUCCCAACCAUCCACUGGGGAAACGAGGAAGUGGGUCUCCUCCUGGCCGAAGCCUACAGACUCAAGUACAUGUUUGCAGACGCCCCCAACCAUUACAAGAGAUAGGCAACCAAUCAAACGCGCCUGUGACUGCGAGCACCUGAGCAGUAUUUUGGUGCAACCCUGAGCAGACCGACAGUGGGUUAAACUGAACUUUAUGCUGUGAAGAUGAAGUUUGCAGACUCUCGCCGUGAUUUUUGGAUUUUCGUGCAGAAGCUCCGGUGAAUUUCCUGGACUACAUGCAGUAGACGACGUACUGCACUGCAUCAACGGACUGUUACAGUAUAUCCACCACAUGUAUUUAGUUUUUCUUCUUCUCAGAAAAACAUGCUGGCAUUUUAAAGGAUGGUGAAUGUUUGUGAAAUCCUCCUUUUAGUGACAUCUGCAGAUUCUAUUUUAUAUUUGUUUUUCUAAAACAAAAGAAACACUGCAAGAACCAAGCAACUACUGUUUUAUUUUCCUCAUUUUAAGCUUAUUGAGUCAGACACUGUUCUAAAUAGGAAGCACAACGAAGGCCCCCUGUUCCCUCUGAUUCGUUUAGGACGACCAGAUUUGCUGGGAACAAUUAGCCUUUUAAAUCCUGGGUUUGGACUGAAUUAGCUUCCUGUUUUUACAUUGUAGAAGAACUGCCAGAGUUUCUUUUCAUGUUUUAGGUAAAAGCUGAAAACCCAACUCCUUUCCUGGCUGUGAAUCACUUUGAUCAACUUCUAGAGGGUUCAGCUUUUUCAGUGUAUAAAAUGAUAUUUAAAGUAUAAUUCCCUUAAAUAAUACCUCAUGUGUAUGGUAUUAUUUAAAAUGACUUUUAAAUGACCCCGACUUAGUGGUUGUGAAUUAAGCAUAACGUGUUUUACACAAUUUUAGUUUAAAAAAACUAAAUAUGUCGACCCUUCUUAAUCCCACUGAGUUAUAACUCCUGCAGACCAACAUGGAAUCACUUUUGUUGCAUGGUGGUCAGCUUUAAUCUGUAGCCAGAAAAUUAAUUCACAUAUGACAGAAAAGCUGAAAGUUUUUUUGCUUUGGAAAACGCGUCUGAGUAAAAUUGUUGUAAUUAUCGGCACAUCUUCUUUUCAGUUCUAGUAGAGGGAACUCAAGGAAUCCCGAAUCAAAAACAUGGGGAGUCCUUGAGCCUCCCCUGGAUCUUACUUGUAUGAAAACAGGAUUCCCGUCUCGUUUCAGGGUAAUCAAAGAGCUGCUGGCAGAUCAAAGUUACAGGAGAAAGGCUUGUUGUGCACUUGUUGUUUUACCCCAAGUUUUCUUUUGGCUCGACAUCCAGCGUGUUAAUUUAGCUGAUCUGCCUUUUUUUAGAGAAGGCAUUUUUACUCUGCAACAAGCUGCGUUAUCAUCGUCAUCCUGAUUAAACGACUUCAUCGUUGCUAGAUCUAUGAUGUAUUGAUUUUACAAGAAAAGUACCCAGCGGUACAUUUGCUAAUGAGUUGAUCAGUGCUCUCUUCUCUUCUGUCUUCCCUGUCAGACUAUCCUGCAUCAUCUCUGCUUCACCAUCCGUGUGAAAAAAAAUCUGAGGCUUUUUAAAUAUUGAUGAUUGGCCAGAAAACUGCAGUUGCUGCAUCCCUAAUUUCCUUUCUUGCUCAGUUUCUGUUUUCCAGGCACAUUGCUUCAUGUAAUGUCUAGUUUCUGAAUACUUUCCUUUAGAAGCCUUCCUGUUUUUGUGGACUUGCUCCAACUUUUAGACCCAGGUAACCAGCAUUUAGCCAAACUACACAUUGAUUUCACCGUCUUAACGAUGCAAUGUGUCGUUGAGGUCUUCAAAUUAUUUUUAAUAGACUUGUGUGUGUAUUUGUUUUUAGAAAUGUUAGUCACUCAGAAUCCAGAAUUGUUUCUUCUGUUUGAUUUUAAAAAUAUAUGCUGUUGAUGAAGUCAUUCAGUGGCUUCAAGGUAUAUUUUUAAAAGCCAUAAUGUUCAGCUGUUAAAAUUAUUUAGUCAUCUGUGUUCUGGCACGAUGAACUUUUCUCCACUCCAGUAAGAAUUAUUUCUACAGUCAGAAAACAGAAUUAGUGUUUGUUUUCUUUUCAUGCCUGUUGGUACUGAAGGACGUUUAGUCUUAACCUGCUACUGAACGCAGCUCAGAGCAGCUGAACAGCCAAGAUGAUGCCUUUGUUUUGAACAUUUGCAAUGUACUCCUGGAAGGUUCUAUAACUUGUAUUUAUGUUCUUUUUGUUUGAAUGUUUGUUUUUCUGAUCCAAGUUUGUUUCACAUGACUUUGUUCUUUUAAACCUUUAUGUUCUCACUCGUCUAUCUACCGUGUGGUGACGGCACAGCAUGUACAGCCUGAAUGCUCUGUAUUAUGCGACUAUUUGUUUUCAUUCUCAUGUGAGCCAGUCAGGAUGAAAACCUCUGAUGGAGUCUGAACAUUGGACUGCAGUCCUGAAGAUUUCAAACUCGUAAUUCAGUUGACGACUUUCAGAGUUGAAAGCGUGACUAGGGGGGCUUUGGUACUUAAACCUCAUUUCACUCCCAAGAUGAUCUGACCCUUUAUGGUACAGUUGGUGUUUAAUUAUUGAGGUUCAUCAUCUCCAUGGAGUACUCUGAAUGUUUUGUGAGAGUUGCAGUUUACCUGUAGCCUUAAAACCACAUUCAUUCCUUCAUUCAGGCGAGUCCGCUGAUUGUCGCUACCAUGACGGUGUUGUUCGGUCCACGCCAACGUACUUAAAUGUCGUCAAAACAUGUGAUGUGAAGAACUAAAUGUUAGUUAGGGGUGAUGAAGCGUUGAUGUGGAUCCAACAUAUGAAGCCAAAUAUGUGGUGGGCCAACGCAAAAUGUUUUGAAGCGCUUCGGUUGUCAGAACUGGCUUUAGCCUUAAAUGAAUAAAUCAUUACAGUUCCUGCUGUAUAUUCAUUCUUUUUGUUUAUAUUAAACUAAUUGCUAUUAUUCA